AUGAACGGGGAUCUCAGUCUAUCCCAGUCUCUGGGAGGACUACGAAUAGCCAACCCAGACGAUUCGCCCUUGCCCGAAGAUGCGACCGGGUCAAUGGCCCACAGCCCGUUCGGACGCGGUGGUUCGGUAUCAACACACAAUUCCGAGUCGACCUUCCCGCCCGCUCCCAGCGAAGGUCCCGAAGACCGCCGACCCUCAUAUAUUCCAGAUUCACAGCCAACAUACCAAGCGUACGCUCCCCACUCAACACCGCCAAACAACCGACCCCUUUCCUCCGUAUACGCGAACGGUUCGGCAACUUCCAUUCUCCCCCGGGACAACAACUAUCGCAUACGAACCGAUUCCGGUGCAUCCUCCACAUCUGGCUCUCAAGCGCGAGUAGAUACACGAGGGGGCUCAUCGGCACUACAUGCCGGUGUACUCGCGCGCGACAACUCCCACAGCGACCGGUCAUACCGAACCACCCAAAUCCCCGGGAACGGCCCGGCGGUGAUGCGGCAGACGUCUCGGGCACACGCACGAGCAGGCGGCGCAUCUCAGAUGGCCCGAUCAUCCUACAUGGCAGAGAACGGCCCAAUGGCAAGUAGCGAAGAGUGGCAGGAGCGUGGGGCGGCGGUCUCCGUCCGACAGGAGAUUGACGCAAAUGGGCAGACCGUCUCCCGCUUCGUUAAGAAGGGGGUCCGGGAUUUCUCGUUUGGAAACACUCUCGGAGAGGGCUCUUACAGUACCGUCGUCCUGGCUACGGACCGGCAGACACUGAAGGAAUUCGCAAUCAAGAUUCUAGACAAACGACACAUCAUUAAGGAGCGAAAGGUUAAAUACGUGAACAUCGAGAAGGAUACACUGAAUCGCCUUACGGACCACCCGGGUGUCGUGCGGCUAUACUAUACAUUCCAGGAUGAGCAGUCACUUUACUUUGUGUUGGACCUAUGCAAAGGCGGAGAAUUGUUGGGCGUUCUCAAGAGGAUGACCACAUUCGAUGAGGAAUGUACGAGGUUCUACGGCGCGCAGAUUCUCGACACUAUAGACUACAUGCACAGGCGCGGGGUCAUCCACCGAGAUUUGAAGCCUGAAAACGUGUUGCUCGACUCCGGGAUGCAUAUCAAGAUCACUGAUUUCGGUACCGCCAAGAUCCUGGAGGCGCCACGGGCAGAUCCCAAUUCGAACGGCAUGCCACCUCUCGACUCGAAUGAAAUUCCCAAGGAAGAGCGCGCGAGCUCUUUUGUCGGCACUGCGGAAUACGUCAGUCCCGAACUUUUGACCGACAAAAACGCCUGCAAAGCCAGUGACCUGUGGGCGUUUGGCUGCAUUAUAUAUCAGCUUUUGGCUGGCCGACCACCCUUCAAGGCUGGAAAUGAGUAUCAGACUUUCCAAAAGAUCGUCGCACUUGACUACGAGUUCCCAAUUGGCUUCCCUGCAGUGGCCCGUGAUCUUGUUGAGCGACUUUUAGUACUCGAUCCCGCACGACGUCUCCAGAUCGAGCACAUUAAGAACCAUGAGUUCUUCACUGGCGUGACAUGGGGACCCGAUAUGUGGAAGCAGAAAGCCCCUCGCUUGAAGGCCUAUGUUCCUCCGGCCCGGGAUCCCAUCAAGCUCAACGAGAGCAAAGACGGCGAGACCCUGGCCCCGGUAAUCUCAACCGCCCCCUCCAAUGCGCCAAAUGCCAGUUCUCGUCACCUUCCACGUGUAGUGACAGAGCUUCCACCUCCGAGCCAGCUGGAUAUCGAAUGGUCUCCGGUGCUCAACAAAUCCAACGAACGAAUUUUGAAGCUGGGGAACUUUGUGGUUCUCUCUUCUGCCGCCUCUCACAGUCCCACUUCCAAGAAUAGCAGUGGUGAAUUCGAAGCUCCCAAGAAAUUCUCCCGGUUCUUCUCGGGGAGCGCCACAAAGAAACGACAACGGCUGGUGAUGGUCACAUCUUCUGCGCGUAUCAUCAUGGCUGCGUCGGGCGGCGACGAUAAGAAGGUCAAGCUUGAAGUCUCACUUCUCGCCCCAGGGACGAGUUACCGAAGCACGACAGAUUCCAAAGGAAUCUCAUCGUGGAUCGUGGACACCAGAGACAAGCACUACGUUUUCGAGGAUCCCAAACCCUCCUCCAGCAGCGUUGGCGCCACAGCAGUUCAAGUCCAGGAAUGGUUGGACGCACUGGACAGAUCCCGAGAGAUGGCUGCACAACAACAAAACGCAGGUUUCUCCGACGAUGCUUACCGUGACCUAUCAUCGGGCUUUCCCAGCCCGGCCAACACGAUAGAUCGCACAUCCGACAUGCAGAAAGAUGAUAGAGGCCCAUCAUCAUCAGGUCGCAACCAUCUAGUGAAACACCAAGCCACCGACUCCGAUUCAACGAAGGGGAGGAAACGAUUCAGCAAGCGGCAUUCCAAGAAUGGACUCGCGGCCGUAUUCUAG